UUAACAAAUCGUAAAGAGAUUCGAAAUGGGAAGGUGAUAAAGAUCGCCAUGAACGGUCAGCAGGAAAAACUCGAGCAUACUCUGCAAUCUGUUGGAUGGCCAAUGAUACAAGCGGGUGCUUCAACUGUUAUGUGUGUUCUACCUUUACUCUUCUUACAGGUACAUUAUUGA